AUGAAAACAUAUCCUUUGGUACGCCAAAACCAACAUCGCCGGCAUCCGUUAAAUCGAACCAAAAGUCAAAUGCAACCAGCACAGCCACUACCACCACAACCAAAAAUCCAACAGUCAGUGGAUCCAUACCCAUAUAGACAAAAGGAAACGGAUGUUACACUUGUGAUGGGUCGUGCACCAUGGUGGAUACCACCAUCAACAACUAACGGCAAUCAGACGCGAAAUUUUACAUUUGCCGCAGCAUUGAAAGAUUUUUUGCAGAAUUUUUCAUUUCACAGCUAUGGGAAAUUAGUUGAACAUGGCCGGCCAUGCCAAGAAAGAUUAUUUUGGCUUGCUUUCCAUAUAUUGACAUUGUCGGCGCUAAUUAUUUUCCUUAUGAACUACAACAACACGAACAAACGGCUGCUGACCACCUCUAUUUACGAUCCCAUAUAUCCCAUAAGUGAAGUCUCAUUUCCGGCAGUAUCGAUUUGUUCAAUGAAUCGCAUAUCGAACGAGUCGGCCAGACGUUAUGCCGAAGAACUACGCAUGAAGGAUCCCAGAAAACGCAGCGCCGAUUAUUUUUAUAAGCAAAUUAAAUUCUUGCAAUACAAUUACUAUGUACGCGGUGAUAUGCCCGAUUAUGAGAAUGCAUUGAAAUUUCAGCGAUUCCUUGAUAUUUACGAUCGGGAGGAUGAUGAAAUGUUCUUUAAUACGAAACGAAGAAUGGCCCUGUUAACACCAAGUUGUAGCACCAUAUUGAAAGGAUGCCGCCUGGGAGGUGAAGAAAUUGAUUGCGCCCAAGAAUUUACGAAGACGUUUACCGCAAGGGGCCUAUGCUGUACAUUUAAUCGGGAUAAAAAGUACACAGCAAAACGUAAAUUCCGUCAUCGAUUUUUUGGUCCAGAUAUGGGUUUAGUCGUCUUGCUAAAUGCUUCACAAGCUGAUGACUUCAUACCAACGGCCUCUUCGGAAAGGUUUGAGGUUUUCAUACACAGUCCCUAUAUCUCACCCGAUCCAUCCUCCGGCAGUGUAGAAGAACGUAUUGUCGAAGGUGGUAAGGAUACAUUUCUGGCUUUAAAUCCAAGAAUUUUUCAGACAAUCGAUGAGGUGCGAUUUUAUAAGCCACGGGUGCGCAACUGCAUGUUUAAUGAUGAACUGCCCGAACUCUUUGGGAAAUCAUAUACCUACAGUAGUUGCAUAUCCUAUUGUCGAACACGCAGCCAAGUUGUGUUGUGUGAAUGUCUGCCCUUUAUGGCGAAUAGCUUGAAUAUAUCAUCGUCGACCGCUUACUGUAGCCUGCAACAUCGUGCAUGUCUGAUGCGUUAUGAUUUUAAAUGGUACAAUGUUAUGACACAACGACCAAAUACCGCUGGCCUGGAACGUGAAAUGGAGGAUUCAUUAUAUUGUCCAUAUUGUCUACCCACCUGUAGUGAAACACAAUAUAGUGUCACCGUAAUGGAUUUACCAUUAAACGAAUAUAAUAUGAAAUCAUUCACUAAUCACAAAGGCAAUCUUUCGGAUUUAGCCUUACUGCAUGUGUAUUUUGGCGUAACCCAUGGUGUCUACUAUCGACGGUUCCUCUUAAAUUCAUGGUUUGAAAAAUUCAGUUAUAUCGGCAGCAUUUGUGGCGUUCUUGCGGGAUUUUCAUUAGUUGGUAUUGGUGAAGUGAUCUUUUUUGUGCUGCAACAAUUAUUUAAAACUUUACGUAACGAAUUAUCAAUGGAUACAAAUCGAAUUCAGAGACGAAAACCUGUCGAACCAUUAAUUAUAUUGCCAUGA